AUGUUAAUCGAUAUAUUAAAAAAGGUCCAAGGCUUAUUGCUGAAAUGGAUGCUUAUAUUGUCUUACUUGGUAUUUAUGAUCAAGUUUGGUGCACAUGGUAAAACACUGGAACCUCCAUUGCUAUCUGCAGCUAGAUCAUCUUUUAAACACUGGAACUCCCACGGGUCUAAGGAUGUGCUUUUUCAUGGUGUAGCAACAAUUGGAGCAGUGUCCCCGGCCAACCCUCCUUCAUACGGUCCUUUCAUAAACCCCAGUCACCCCCCUAAAAGUUCACAUUUUUCCAUCCAAUUCAAGAAGAGGAGUGAAUGGAAACCUCCAAUUUCUGGCUUUAAAGAUAUUGCUCCUAUUCGUUCUACGGAAGCUGCAGUCCCUUCUGUUUUGGCUCAGCCACCGUUGACCCAUCAACUCCUUCCAUCAUGCUUGCAUUCACCUUCUUCCUCAUCUUCUUCUCCGGUUUCCUCCAUUUCCCUUCCAUGUCUCCAGCACCACGCAGACUACCAUCCACGCGUUCUCCUCCGGUGA